AGAGAGGCGGGACCUCGGAGCCGGGAAGGGCGUUCUCUUUGCGGUCAGACCGGGCAGAGUCAUCCCGAGGGGUGGGUCCUCCGGCAGCACAGAAGGAAAACCCACCUUUUUUCAUUGUUACGGACGCGGUGGUGGAAUGUGAUGGUUUGAUCUCCAGCAGCGGGCCAGCGACCGAGGAACUAUCAGACGAAAGCGGCACUCGGGAGCCGGUGUGACCGGGAAGCCAGAGCCAAGUGUCCGGGCCGAGGCUGAGUCUGUCCGGGUGAACUCGUCCGGGAAGAGGCAGCAGCAGCAGCGAGUCCCGCCGGCCGCAUGAGCUCGCACCCUGGGAAGUUGUGUGGAUUUUACCGGAGCGGGUGUUUUACUGGGACCGGGCGCUGGAGCCGCGAAGGAUGGAGACUUCCCAGAGUGGAGCUUAAUGUGCCCGCAGACAUACGGCUACAUGUGAAAUAUGACAGAUUCACCUUCUAAACACCACCCUGUGGGAUCUUCAGAGUUUUAAAGCGACAGCCACUGGAAGAAAACAAGGCAGACCAUCAAGAGAAAAGAGCUUUUCUUCAAGAGCCUGAAGGACUUGCUAUCACUACCACACAAAUGUGGACCAUCCAAAACGGUGUCAUCAAAUUGUCUGAGUAACAAAAUAUAUCUAACUGAUUAAACAUACAACUGUCUCGCCAUGUCUGAUUGUAAAGACAUGACACAUCGCCACUUGCGGCACAAGCUACAGAGUCUUGGCCGCAGACUGGAUGAACUUGAAGAAGCCACCAACAAUCUGCAGAAGUCUGAAGAUGAGCUUCUUGACCUGCAGGACAAGAUCAUCCAGGCGGAGGGCAGCAACUCCUCCCUGCUUUCUGAUGUGGAGGCCCUGAGGAAACGUCUCUUAAGGAUCCAGGGUAAAGAUGAGGAGGUACGCAAAGCUGAGGACCUCUGUCGCACUGUCAGGGAGAAACUGGAAGAGGAGGAAAGUCUUACACAGGAGCUAAAGGCCGAUACUGAACGUCUACAACGGCGAAUGGCCGAACUGGAGAAACUGGAAGAAGCCUUUGGGAAAAGCAAGUCUGACUGCAGCCAGCUCUGCCUCAGUCUAAACGAGGAGAAGAACUUGACCAAGAAGCUCUCUUCUGAGUUGGAGACUCUCAAAGCCCGUUUAAAGGAGAUGGAGGGGUCUGAGACAAAGCUUGACAGAGCAGAGAUGGCUUUAGCUGUGGAGCUUGAAAAACUCAAGGGAUUCACCCAGACCUUUGUGAAUGAGCGUAAGAGGCUACUAGAGAAACAGAGAGAGGACGAGAAGAGCAUUCUAAAGCUGACAGAAAAACUGGCGCACCAGAAAAAUCGCCUUAGCAUGUCUCCAGAUACUGGCCGGCCAGAUUUCAUGCGGUCACGAAUUGAGGAUGAGCUGUCAUCCACAGGGCUGCUCUCAAGUAAACUGGGUGGUCACAGGAAGAACCUUGACUACUGUAAGCUGCCAGUUGACAACAUCAGUCUUAUGAACAAAUCUGAAAAUGAGAAGAACAGCGGCACUGAAGGGUCGCAGGAAGAGGACAACAAGGUGAAAGAGUUGGCGCAGGAAGUCGAGAGGCUGAAGAAUCGCCUUAAACAGCUGGAGAUAGUGGAGGAUGAUUUGAAAAGCUCAGAGUCCAAAAAUGGAGACCUUCAUGAGAAGUUCCAGAUGGAACGAAACCGGGCUCACCAAUUAAGUGAGCAGGUGGAACAGCUCAGGACACAGCUGUGUGGGAAAGCUGGGAUUGGAGGAAAUGGAAUCAGUAACAUAGAUAAACAUGGCAAUGGAAGCAGUAACAUCUGCCCCCCGAACGUCCUGGAGAAUGGCAAAGCUGAGACCGAAGAGAUUAUGGUGAAGGGUGGUUUCAGACAAGAGAAGCCUAAAUAUAGGAGUGCUGCAGCUGUCUCAGAACCAAGCUCCCCUAAACACAGGAACAGGGAGCUCUCUCCUCAGCAUAAAAGAGAGACUAAGCUGAGGAGCAAAGAGCUGAGCCACUCUGAGGAAAGCUCUCCUAAGUCUGGGAGGAGAGCCCUUAGUCCUUCUUCCAAGAGCAGGAGGACACCCAAACCCUUAACUACUGCAAUGUCAUUCGAUAACGGGAUACGAGACACGGGACGAGGAACCGAGGAGAAGUCGCGAGGAUCCGCGUUCAGCUCCGUAAACACACCUGCUAGUGAUAUUAAAAAGAUGUCUGUUCUUAGUCGCUACCCUCCAGCUGCUAAUGCCCAGAAGCCACUGAGGACAACUCACAAGCAGACUGAUGGGGAGACAAAAAAGAGCAGAGUAGGAAAACCUUCAAAGUUGUAUGUUGGUAGUGAUAGUGAAUCAAACAACUCUGACGUAGUGCCUGAAAGCUCCGGUAACAUCAACAGUCUCUCUGCACUAGAGAAGGACACAGCGUCUGCCUCAGACCAGGAAUCAAUCGACCAGGUUCAGGAAUCUGCCUCUGUUGCGUCCACGCUGUCCAAAGCCAACGGAUCAUUCACAGCCUACAGAUCUCAAGUCACUCCUCUGCCGACCAGUGACCAUGGGUCAGAGGGUCAUUCCUCUGCCUCGGAAACAGAAUCUACGGGCUCAAGACCAUAUGAACCAGAGCCUGUGACUGAGACAGCUGCUUCAACCCUAAGCAGUAGGACUCCAACCUCCAGAUUUCCUAGAUACACCCAUGUCCAUGACUCAAAUUCAGAGGGCUCUUCCUCCAGGAGUUCAUUUGAUGAGGAGCUCCACAGCAGGGCACAGUUUGCAGAGGGGGGCCACCAGGGGCCAACGCAUACUCCGUCAGGGAUUGAGAUCCAGCGAGUGUGCAGCCCACGUGAGGGGCUGAGGACAAGAGCUGUCAUCAAGCCCGCUAUUGUUGAGAGCGAUAGAAAGGAAAUUAUGAUUUCGGAAUCUUUGUCUACCAACGGCAAACCCAAGAUCUCUACCAAACCAGUUGUGACCACGUCUAGUAAAAUGACCAGCAGUAUAACCAUCUACCCCAAUGACCCAAGCUCUUCCAGAACCAGCAGCCGCAGCAGCAGCGUGUGCAGUGAACCCAUGCCUGUCAAAGAGCGACACACCUCCACCAGUAACAUCCUCAUAGGUCCCGCCAGUGAGCACCGUGGCAGCAUUUCCGUCCCAUAUGAGUUCUCCAUCCCCAAGAGUGAGAUCGCUCUGCGGCCGUGCCAAGACCCGGACUACGGGUCGGACGAGCACAGUGAUUCCUCAUCAAAGUCCAAGCUCCACAGCAUCUCCAGAGUGGAGACCAGUCAUCUGUGCUGCCAACGCAGCAACUUCAACCUCCAGUCACCGGAUCCCACAUCCGCUGACUGGAGGCCGAGCCAAGAAGAGAGUGGACCAGAUAUGAAGAAUGUGACUGUGAGAAGCACCUGGAGGACCAGAAGCCCUGCCUCAGUGGAUGAGGUGGGUCGAGGGGCGACGAGGACGAUGCCAGAUGGUGGAUCUGAAGACGAGGCUGAAGCUGUAACAACAUGGAGAGCUUACCGGGCAACUACCACACUGGAUACGGAAGAAGCAUUACACAGUGCUGUUGGGAAUGCUGCGGCGCAGAAGGGAGCCAGGCCGACUCCUGCAGAGGUCUACAUGCGGAGAAUCAAGAGUGUGGUUCCAAGCACUAAAGAAUCAGAGGAACAACUCAUGCGCAGAGGGAAGCGUUCUCCGUCUCCCGCUCUGGAAACCGGCGGCAUGGGGAAGACUGUGCCCCACGCGCCGGUCACCUCUCAGUCCUGGGGGCGAUCAUACACCCAACAACCACCGGCUGCUGAUAGCGUAGAUCCCACUCCGAACUCCAGCCACAGCCCGGCCUCCUGGAGACGAAACCCUCCCAGCGGCGACCCGCAACACCUGGGGAGCUCUUACGACCGGGUGGCCAAGACAGCAGGAGCCUCCUCCAGAGGAGGGGAGCCGUGGUCCAGUCGGGGUCAAGGGUCGGUGGCCAAAGCAGAGGGGAGGAGCGGAGCAGGGAGUCGACCAUGGAGCCAUCGUCCGUCUGAAUAUCAAUAGACCGGGUCUGAACAGGACUUCAGCAGGAAGGAGGACAGCACUCCAUUAAGCCCUCCCUGGCAAAAGCGGAGCCAAACACCGGUUCUCCCAUCAACUAACGGCUACACCUAUUACCACCAUCUCCCACAGACGACAUCUGCAGCUUUGAUCACGAGCAAAGACAAGACAAAAAAAAAAGUUUCAGCCGUAUAAAGAGCAACAAACCACGGAUUUGACCUUGAGAGCACACACACUGUCAUGUGAGCGGCUCUUCCCAUCCGGAAACCUUCUCCGUCCCCAAAGAGGCAUAAAUGGAAAGACCUGUGCCUGUCCAGCGUUUUGGAGGUCGCCUCACCAGCCCACGUAUCCUCUUCUGCUCCUUGCCUUGGAUGUAUUAUAGUGUAAUCCCAGAAUUUGACAAGGGAGAGGCUGGCAUGCUGGUGGACGGCUGGAGAGUAUAUAUUUUUUUGUGCGUGCCAGAGAGGGUUUGAAGAGCGUCAGAGGAAGAAGGACUCACAACAUUGAGAAGGCCUUUCUCCCAGAACCGCCACAGCUGGAUGUGUCGCUUUGGAAUCACAAUUUUUGAAACUUUCAAACUGCAUUUAUCAGCAGUAACAUGUUUAAUCUUCAUCUGAAAGGGGGCUGGGAUCUUCAUGCUGAAUGCUUCACAAACUAAAGGAUCUGUACUUUAACUGUGACCAAAAACAGAAAGCGAAUUACCCUCUUUGCAGACCCCAUUCACAUUUUCUCUGUGGGCUCAGUUUUAUUUCAGUCAGACCAUCUACUUUCUUUUCAUGAGUUUAUUUUACAUUCAAACCAUACAAACACAUGCACAUUUCUAGCAUUAGGGGUUAUUUUUAACCAUUUUCCUGGCAUGCAGUGACCUCAAACUGGAUUCAAACUUCAUUCUUAAAUGUCGAGUGAACCCUUGCAUGUUUAGAGUCAAAAGUAAAAAAAAUGGAGAGCACUUGAGAGAAUGCGACUUGGCAUACAUUACACUCUGCGUCUCUGCCACACACACACACACAAUUUCUGACAGACUGGGACCUUACUUAUGCUUUUUGCCAUUUUCACCAGUUGUUUUAAUGCUUUGUAAUUCGCUUCCUGUUCUGCAUCGUCCUUUUCCUCGUUGUCUGCUUAAUCAUAUCAAGAUAAGUAGUUUGCACGUAAUAAAAUGCAACGCACAUGUAUAAAAAUAGAAUGA